UAAAGAACCAGGCGCCCAUUCCGCUGAGCCGUAAGAAGAGGACCCUGGGGGGAGCCGGUGGGAGAGAGCCCUGCGAUCUGCUUGUCCCCAGCCUUGCGGCAAGGCCAGUUCCAGGCACCCCGCCUCCUCUCCUGCCUCGCUUCUGCACUGUCUGGGUUCCCAAAUGCCUACAGGCACCUGUGAGCCCCACAGGUGAGCGGGAUGUGAGGGACCCGCCUCUGACAGUACAAUCAAGCCUCAUUUCUUUUCUCUCCUGGUGUCUUGAACCAAAGUCAGCCGGGUCUGGCCUAUGUGAAGCUGCGCGCGUCCUGUUCUCUGUGCGCCAGGGACCCGGGUUCGGGGGGCCAUCCCCAUCCAUCUGUAGGAAGUCCAGCUGGAGGAAGGAGGGUGAGCUGGGGAGGCGGAGCCCGGUGCCUGGGAGCAGCCCAUAUGGCUGGCAGUCCCCCAGCCUCAACCCCUCCGAGGACUCGGAUCUGAGCGCUGGUGGGGGUGCCCGGGUGCUCGAUCAGCCUGAUGGCCAGCUCCCGCCCGGAUCCCGAACCAGAGCCUGAAUCCGUGUUCCCACGCGAGGUCGGGCUCUUCACCGACUCUUACUCGGAGAGCAGCAGGUUCUACUUCUGUGGGCACGAGCUGAGCAUCACGCAGAACUUUGGGUCGCGCCUUGGGGUGGCAGCGCGCGUGUGGGAUGCGGCUCUGAGCUUGUGUAACUAUUUCGAGAGCCAAAAUGUGGAUUUUCGAGGCAAAAAGGUGAUCGAACUCGGCGCGGGGACAGGCAUCGUGGGAAUCCUGGCGGCGCUACAGGGGGGGGACGUUACCAUCACUGACUUACCACUGGCCCUAGAGCAGAUCCAGGAUAACGUCCAUGCUAAUGUGCCAUCCGGAGGCCGCGCUCAGGUGUGUGCCUUGUCCUGGGGAAUCGACCAGCAUGCCUUUCCUGGAAACUAUGACUUGGUGCUGGGGGCAGACAUCGUGUACCUGGAACCGACCUUCCCACUGCUGUUGGGGACCCUCCAACACCUGUGCGGGCCCCAGGGCACCAUCUAUCUGGCCUCCACGAUGAGGGAGGGACAUGGGACGGAGAGCUUUUUCCAGCAUGUCCUGCCCCGGCACUUCCAACUGGAGCUGGCCCAGAGGGACGAGGACGUGAAUGUAAACAUCUAUAGGGCCAGGCACAGGGCAGUGAGGCCCAGUGGGCAGCGCCCCUCCUGCUGACCUCAGCGCCUGUCUCAAUGGAGGAAUGCCAUGUCUCCAGAGCUGUAGACGUCAGGACCAAAAGAAAAGCACGGAUCUCUUGUCUUCUCU